AUUAAAUGAGUGCAGAAAUCAGAAAGGGAAAGACUUGGACGUUACUUUACACUUUCCUCUUGAUUCAACGGUGGUGAUUGAUCCAAAUCAAGUCGCGACGCGUUACCAAUCCAGGAACUGCCGCCAGUAUACAACAAAUCCGUCCGUCAUUCCAAGCGUCAAAAAUUUCAGACUCAGAUCUACGGCGGAACCUCCAACUCCGGCUCCGGUUACGCCGUAAACCAUAUUCAGCGGCGGUUAGGGUUUCGCCGCCUCUUUGUUGCUGUUAUCUCAACGAGAGAGGAAGGAUAUUUUGUUUGCCGUCGGAAUGGCGAAGGAGGAAUUUAGGGUUUACAAUUCGAUGACGCAGCAGAAGGAGGUCUUCACGACGAAGGAGCCUGGUAAGGUUGGCAUGUAUGUAUGUGGCAUCACGGCCUACGAUUUCAGCCAUAUUGGCCAUGCCCGCGCGGCCGUCAACUUCGACGUCCUCUACAGAUAUCUUAAGUACUUGGGAUAUGAAGUUACUUAUGUGCGGAACUUUACUGAUGUUGAUGACAAGAUAAUUCGACGGGCAAAUGAGUGUGGGGAGAAUCCACUGUCAUUAAGUGAUCGAUUUUGCCAAGAGUAUCUUGCUGACAUGGCCGACCUUCAGUGCCUUACUCCAACACACCAACCUCGUGUGUCAGAUCACUUGGAACAAAUCAAGGAUAUGAUAACUCAGAUUAUAAAGAAUGAAUAUGGCUAUGUGGUUGAUGGAGACGUGUUCUUUUCUGUGGAAAAGUUUCCAAAUUAUGGCCAGCUGUCAGGACAAAAGCUUGAAAAUCAUAGAGCAGGUGAACGGGUUGCUGUUGACCUGCGAAAGUGUCAUCAUGCUGACUUUGCAUUGUGGAAGGCUGCAAAACCUGGUGAGCCAAGUUGGGAAAGCCCGUGGGGUCCUGGAAGGCCAGGAUGGCACAUAGAAUGCAGUGCUAUGAGUGCUCAUUAUCUUACUUUUAAGUUUGAUAUCCAUGGAGGUGGUAUCGAUCUGAUCUUUCCACAUCAUGAAAAUGAGGUUGCACAGAGCUGUGCUGCCUGCCAAGAGAGCAAAAUCAGUUUUUGGAUGCACAAUGGGCAUGUAACAAAUAAUAACGAGAAGAUGUCCAAAUCACUGGGUAAUUUUUUCACCAUUCGUCAGAUUACGGAAAGGUAUCAUCCAUUGGUUUUGAGACACUUUUUAAUAAGUGCUCACUAUCGAUCUCCUCUCAACUACACUGUCUCUCAGUUGGAUAGUGCAUCAGAUACGGUAUAUUAUAUAUACCAGACUUUGCAAGAUUGUGAAGAUGGUUUAUCAAAACAUCAAGGGGAAAACCUGCCUGAGGGUUUGGGAAAGACAGCUAAAAAGGAUCCUGUUACUUCUGCCGCUGAAGAAUGCAUCAGUAAUCUACGUUCUGAAUUUCAAACUAGAAUGGCAGAUGACUUGAACACAGCACAUAUAUUGACUGGUGCUUUCCAGGAAGCUCUGAAGUUUAUAAAUAGUACUUUAACCUCGCUGAAGAAGAAGCAACCGAAGAAACAACAGCUCUCAAUGAUUCAGGCCCUUAUCAGUGUGAAGAAAGAAGUGAGAGAAGUUCUAGAUGUUCUUGGCUUGCUGUCCUCUUCUACUUACUCCGAAGUUUUGCAACAGUUGAAAGACAAAGCCCUGAAGAGAGCAGAGAUGGUGGAAGAUGAUAUACUGCGUCUGAUUGAAGAAAGAGCCCAAGCAAGGAAAAACAAAGACUUCGCCAGAAGUGAUCAUAUCAGAGCCGAGCUGUCGGCCUUGGGCAUCGCUCUCAUGGAUGUUGGCAAAGAUACCAUCUGGAGACCGUGCGUGCCCGUAGAACUGGAACUGGCACCGCCACCUCCAACGGUUGAACAGAACAAGGCCACCCCCCCAUCAGUCGAGCAAAAACCGACAGAGCAGCAGGUUGCUCAGCCACUAGCAGUUGAACAGAACAACAAGGCAGUACAAGAACGAACAGUAGAGGUUGCUCAGCCACACGAGGCGGGAAAGAAGGCGACAGUGCCCGUGUGAUGUAUCUUCUUCGUUGACGGGAAGGAUGGGUGAGAUUUUACAUUUUUGGCCAUUUUUAAACACUUUCUUUCGGCCAUUAAUGCAGAAAGCUGAAAGAUUUUGAAGAGCAGCCUGGUUGUAGUGUAUAGGUAUAAGGUAUGUAACUUUAUCUAUACAUAAUUUAAUUGUUGUGUUACUGUGAAUUUUUAUUAUCUCCCACACCGCAGUUUAUUAGGGAACCAAAUAUUCGACCCAGCUGACUGCCUAUAACUGAGUUGUUUUGCCAUUUGAAAUAAUUGAAUAUAGGCGAAGAGGAUAGCUGAUAA